GUUGAUAAGCCAAUUAAUUAUUAUUGAUACUUUUCGUUCUUACAGUACAGUGGUUAUCCAAUUUUUCAGCUCAAUGGCAACAUGACAAAAGUAUAGUAAGUUUUGCCAUACAGAUCAUAGAUAUCUAGCACUCGCGUUUUGCUCCAGCCGUAAUUGCCAAUUUCUCAUCCCACGUUUUAAGGAGUUAAAUACUUUGAGAGUGAUCAAAGCCCCGAUUUUUUUAUUGCAUUUCCGAUCAAUGCAUUGCAAUGUGUUUGUGCAUUUGAGGUUCAGAUGCAAUGUUUAACCGGGGUUCUGAGGCGUUUAUCCCUAAGAGUUCACUAUCGGUAAAAUAUAUAAUUAUAGUUUUACGCGCAUCAAAGAAAAUCACUGUCAACUGCGAAAAAAAAAACCAACAGAGGAAAGAAUUGUUCUUGCCAGCGGAACUCUCUAGACUAGUCCGAGAAUUUGAAGCGUCAGAACCAUGGAUGGUAUUCGUCGUUUGAACAACUGGCUGAAAUCAAAGCUAGAUACUUUGGACGAUGAAAGUGACUAUUUUCGUCAGAUGGAAUGGGCGCUUAUGAUAGCAGGCCCUGCACCGAGUGGAAUUCCCCGGGUGAACUAAUCGGAGUGUUCAGCCUUUUCUUGGCGCUGGUGAUGAUCAACUCCAGGGCAAUUCUUAUGGAUUAUACGGAAGGCCGAGUUCGUUCAUAUCGUUUGAUACGCCGAUUCUUUCUGGUGUUGGAGUGGUUGUUUUUCUGGGAUCAGCUCAUACUCUAUAUGUUUGGCGUAAAUGAGGAACGACAGUAUAGUGUACCUGAUAAUAUAAGUCGACUGGGUCCCCGUGUAAAACUGACCUUCGAUAUUCUGAUAUGCAGCAACCAUUUAAUGUUUUCCUCUAUUUAUGCAUCGAUCUUGACGAUUAUGAAUACACUUUUCAUGGCUUUCUCUACCGAGUUGGAGAAUAUUGUAUUGAAGUGUAAUGGAAUAUUUGAACGCGUUGAUAAACAAAUGGAUGGUACUAUUGGAAUGCAUGAAAAUAUCCUAGGAUCAAAGUUUUGCAACAUUUUAAAAAGAGAAUUGAACAUGAUUGCAGCUCGACACGCCGAGCUGAUAGAGCAGGUCGCGACUAUGAGAACGUUGCUGAAAAUAAGUUUCCUGUUGAUUUUCUAUACGGAGAUGGCGUUCAUCGGUUGUGCAUUAUUCUAUGCAAAAAUGCAGGGCCUGACCAUGAACACGGUGAUUGUUGUAUGCUACGUUUCAGCGAUCCUCAUGGAAUGCUAUUGGUUCUGCCGGUUAACGGACAUCUUAAACCAUACGGUAGCUUCUCAUCUCCAAAUAAGGUCAUGUUUUCAUAAUAACUUUCAAUUUGAUGCAUUUUUUCAGAACCAUGAAAUCGGAUAUGCCCUGUACAAUUUAAAUUGGCCGGAGAAGUUUUGCGAUAUGCCAAACUCACGCAAAGAGUACCUGGAAAUCCGAGCUACCUUACUGGUUAUCAUGAUGAGGGCACAGCAGAAUCUGGGAAUCACUUGCGGAGGGAUGUUCGAAAUGUCCGCGGCAGCGUUCCACGAGUUGAUGAAAAUGAUCUACAGCUGUUUGAUGUUUCUGCUCAGUGUCACUACGUAGGGUGUUUGUGUUAGAGGUUCCUGUUCCCCAUUUAAAUAUUCAUAACAACAACAGAACUGUAGCAAGUAAUUACAAGAAUCAUUUUUUUUUAUCCCGAGUAAGAAUAAUAGACAAUAUUUUAUUUAUGAUUGUUUGUUUGUGUUGCAUUUCUAAUCGGUGUGACGCCAGAUUAAUUUUUAAACAUAAUCUCCCUAAUUUCAUUUACCGAUUACAUAAAAAGGGUUGGAUAAAAAUAUCAAAAUCAAAGCGCCAAGUGAUCCAUGCUGAUCAAGCAUCUAUUGAUGAAGACCUGCUGCAGCCGUUCAAUGUUUUUCAAUGAUACACACCAAGUUUUACUAGUGUACCAGCACAGAGCUCACGUUUGAGUACUAACCAGACUUAACUUAUCAUCAGUCAGUUCGAAGCCAUUUGGGUGCUCCAUGGUAAUGAGCUUAAUCUCGUCGAUUACGGUUAUUAUCCUUGCCUCACUAUAGCGAUGAGUGGAUGGGACCGUACAAAACACCACCGUUGUGCAGUACUCUACGAUGAUUUUCUCAGAGACACCUUUGCGGCUUAGGGGUCCUUACAUAAUUUCGUAAAUGAGAUGGUCUAAAACUUGUUUGUAAUAAAUUCAACACUAGGUAGACAGACUCAUUGAAUUCAUUGAUUUGUUUCAAUUGAUUGAUUUGUCUUUAUUAACCUUUCAGGACGCGCGCCAUCAAGCAACCGAAACUGCACUGCGCUCGCGCUGUACACGACAAGCGAGGUUUUUUGAUAGUGUUGUACUUUUUACAACAGCGCGCGUGCUGAAGGGUUAAAGAGACUUUCAGCCCUUGGCUUGUUUCAAGGUUAUGCGGAGCGAGACAAUAUGCUGCACAGAGGUUCCGACACGGUAUAGGUACCGUCAAGGCGCCAUUC